AUGGCAACUAUUGAGGUGGUUCAUCAUAUGAAGGCCAAAACCAGAGGUAAGAUUGAUGACAUAGCUCUUAAACUUGAUAUCAACAAAGUUUACAAUAGGAUUGAUUGGAACUAUCUUAAGAAUGUGCUUUCCACUCUGGGUUUCUGUCAGAAAUGGAUUGGAUGGAUUAUGCUUUGUGGCGAAAUUGUUGAUUAUUCUGUGGGUGUGAAUGGAAAUAUGGUGGGUCCGAUUGUUCCGGGUCGGGGUUUGAGGCAAGGUGAUCCUUUGUCCCCAGCAUCUAUUAGCGAAGCAAAUAUGAUGAAGAGUAUUCUUACCACUUAUGAAGAAGCCUCCGGUCAAGCUAUCAAUUUCCAGAAGUCUGAAUUCUAUUGUAGUAGAAAUGUUGAUUCUGUUCUUAAAAAUCUUAUGGCUGGCACUUUAGGAGUUCAACAAGUAUUAGGUACCGAGAAAUACCUUGGAGUCCCCUCUAUGAUAGGAAGAAAUAGGAAAGCUACUUUCAAGUUUAUUAAAGAUAAAAUUUGGAAGAAGAUAAAUUCUUGGAGUAGUCAAAGUCUCCCGCAAGCAGGUAGGGAAACACUAAUAAAGUCUGUUCUCCAAUCUAUUCUGGAAUAUAUCAUGAGUAUUUUCUUAUUUCCUUCCUCCUUGAGUGAUGAAAUUGAGAAAAUGUUGAAUUCGUUCUGGUGGGGUCAUAAAAGAGAUAGUUUAAAAGGUAUACAUUGGUUAUCGUGGGACAGCCACUCUAUGCCUAAGAACGUCGAUGGUAUGGGGUUCAAAAAUCUAAGUGCUUUCAACUAUUCCAUGUUAAGUAAACAAGCUUGGAGUCUUAUGACUAAUCCUAACACUCUGGCUUCGUGUCUUUAUAAGGCUAAAUAUUUUCCAAAUUGCAAUUUUCUAAAACCAGAGAUUGGACAUAAUCCGAGUUAUGUUUAG